UGAGUGUAACUUGAGAAUUUAACCCUUUGCUUCUUGUUACCACAAGCCAAGCCCUCUCUCUCUCUCUCUCUCUUUUUUUUUUUUUUUGCACGGGGGGGCAUGCGUUUCUCUUGAAGAAAACAACUCGCAUGUCCCAUUGAAAAACAGCUGAGGAUCCGAAAGGAAGGAGCGGAUGAGGAGAGAGAGAGAGAGAGAAAGGGAGAGAGAGACAAGCAGACAAAAGAAGCUGCGGCUGCGUUGAGUGUCGCGUCUUGGGAGCACGAUAGCUGGCCAUCCACUUGGUUUCUUUAUCAUUUUCAUUAGUAAAGCACAUCAAGGGCGGGGGAGCUCUGAAGGCCGAGCGCGUGCAUUCUGAUAUUUCGAGGUGCAUCGUAUUGAGGGACUCGAUACCGGACUGGGCGCAUCUUGUAUCGCGCGAUAAAGCAGAACAAAGGGAGUCUUGAGCGAGGAAUGCGCGAGCCGAGCCUGGCGCCGCCGAAACAGGGCCAAAUGUUCUUCUGAGACCUGGAGAAAGGCGCAAAGUCUCUCGAAACAUCAUUUAACACAGCAUCGAAACAGACGAUUCUCAAACCGCAACAAACCACGCUAUUCACCAUGUUUCCCCAGAAUCGACCUCCGGCUCCAUUGCAACCUCCACCAGGAUCCUCAGCUUCAGCUGCAGCAGCAGCAGCUGCGGCCGCUGCUGCAUCAGGGUCAACACAACCUCUGAAACUCACUUACCCUGAGACCCUAGACCGCAUAAAGGAGGAGUUUCAAUUCCUGCAGACACAGUAUCACAGUUUGAAGUUGGAGUGUGAAAAGCUGGCCACGGAGAAGACAGAAAUACAGAGACAUUAUGUCAUGUACUAUGAAAUGUCCUACGGCCUCAACAUAGAGAUGCACAAACAGACGGAGAUCGCCAAGCGGCUGAAUGUGAUUUGUGCCCAGCUCAUUCCAUUCCUGUCACAGGAGCACCAGCAGCAGGUGGUCCAGGCCAUGGAGCGCGCCAAACAGGUGACUAUGGGGGAGUUGAAUGCGUCGAUAGGGCAACAGCUGCAGGCCCAGCACCUUUCUCAGCAUGCUGCCCAGGGGUUACCCAUGGCCCCUCACCCCUCCGGCUUGCCUCACCCAGGAUUGGCUUUGGGGGGCGGCUCCGGGCUGCUGGCCCUUUCUGGAGCUCUCGGGGCCCAGUUGGCCUCUAAAGACGAGCGAGCCCAUUUGGAGGCCGUGGCAGCGGCGGCCGCAGCAGAGCACCACAGAGACUGGCCGCGGGGACGUUUACCUGCUCUUCCCAUGAUCCCCAUAGACCGUGAACCUGGACCAAGUUCACUCUCAAACGGAGACAAAGGGAGGUCCUCAGACUACCUCAGCAAUGGAAAAAAGAGAAAAGCAGAUGAGAAGGAGUUUAUGACCGACUAUGGCAGCGACGCGGAAAAGAGUGAUGACAAUUUGGUUGUUGAUGAGGACCCUUCUUCGCCAAGAAGCGUGCAGUCGUACUCCUCAAGAGAGAACGGAUUAGAUAAACUUCCCCCUUCCCGUAAGGAGCCUCUGCCCCAGGCCAGUCCGACCUCGCUGGCUUCCUCCAGCAGUGCUGCUUCCCCUUCACGCAGCAAGGAGCCUCCACCGAGAGAGAAGUCCAGCACUCCAGGGAUGAAGCCUGGAACGCCCAUGUCCCAGGAGUCGUCCACUCCAGGCCCCAGCGUUCCUCCACAGUUUCGUCCUGUUCCUGGGAAACCAGGGGUUGACCCUCUUGCAUUGGGUCUAAGGAAUCCGUUGGCAGUUCAGGGCGCAUAUCCCCCUGGUGCAUUUGGUCUUCCUCCUCCGGGAGUUAAUGGUGAGUUGGCUGGAGCUGCGGGAUAUGGUGCUGGUCUCCACCUCGUCUCCCCUCAGAUGAACGGGUCGGCUGCUGCUGCUGCCGCUGCUGCUGCCGCCGCUGCAGGAUAUGGACGUUCACCUGUGGUGGGCUACGAGUCUCCUCACCCUCAUAUGAGAGUUCCAGGGUUACCGGGUAGCCUGCAGUCAGCAGCUACGGGAAAACCUGCUUACUCGUUCCAUGUGAGCGCAGAUGGUCAAAUGCAGCCGGUGCCCUUUCCUCCUGAUGCCCUCCUCGGCCCUGGCAUCCCACGUCAUGCUCGUCAGAUCCACACUCUGAGUCAUGGAGAGGUGGUGUGCGCAGUCACCAUCAGCACCUCCACACGCCACGUCUACACCGGUGGCAAAGGUUGUGUCAAAGUAUGGGACAUCAGCCAACCAGGCAGCAAGAGCCCGAUGGCCCAACUGGACUGUUUGAAUCGAGACAACUACAUCCGCUCAUGCAAGCUUCUUCCAGAUGGGCGGACCUUGAUAGUUGGGGGCGAGGCCAGCACACUGUCUAUCUGGGACUUGGCCACACCCACUCCACGCAUCAAGGCUGAAUUGACGUCCUCGGCUCCGGCCUGCUACGCUCUGGCCAUCAGUCCGGACAACAAGGUCUGCUUCUCCUGCUGCAGUGACGGAAACAUCGUAGUCUGGGACCUGCACAACCAGACACUCGUCAGGCAGUUCCAAGGCCACACAGAUGGAGCCAGUUGUAUUGAUAUUUCUAAUGAUGGGACCAAAUUGUGGACGGGAGGUCUGGACAACACUGUACGCUGCUGGGACCUGAGAGAGGGGCGACAGCUGCAGCAGCAUGACUUCACAUCACAGAUCUUUUCUCUGGGUUACUGUCCCACGGGCGAGUGGCUUGCAGUGGGGAUGGAGAGCAGUAAUGUGGAAGUGCUGCACGUCUCCAAACCAGACAAAUACCAGCUACACCUUCAUGAAAGCUGCGUUCUCUCGCUCAAGUUUGCCUACUGUGGUAAAUGGUUUGUAAGCACAGGCAAAGAUAAUCUACUGAAUGCAUGGCGAACUCCUUAUGGAUCAAGCAUAUUCCAGUCCAAGGAGUCGUCGUCCGUCCUCAGCUGUGACAUUUCCCCUGAUGACCAGUUCAUCGUCACUGGCUCGGGAGAUAAGAAGGCUACUGUGUAUGAAGUCAUUUACUAAACCGAAUGUGCUCAGAUCGUCGUCCGUUGAACUGAUUAGAUGGAGGAGAAACGGAUUCAUCAUUUCGCCUCGGAGUUUGUAGAGACAAAAGGUGCGACAUGGACCUGAAUAUGAACUCUGCGGGACGGCUGUGCUUUUCUACUCCAGGACGGGAUUGGUGGAUCUCCAGAACUGACCUUGUUGUUUUUUUAAUGCUGUGAGGAAAGCUGGUAGUCUAGCUUGAAAAACGUGGAAUUUCUCCAAAGACCUCCUCUUUUCUUCUUUUGUCUUUCUUUCUUUUUUUAAUAAAAAAAAAUACAAGAUGAAACCUCUGUAGUGAAUAUAAUAGAAAAAGAAAUCUUAUUUUUUUAGCCUUCGGAAUUUUCAUGGACUAUUAUGGAGCCGUGGUGUAUGAAUGAAUUAUGACGAGACCUAAAGGACUGGCCUAAGAACUUCUUCAUCGAUUGUGUUUUUAUUUGUUUGUUUUUUUUUUGUAAAAGCUGACCUGAUUAUGAUUGUAUGGAUGAUGUUAGAAGAAGAUGAUGGAAAGGACAACAAGGCUCUGGAUUUUAGGGUUUCAUUGACUUCAGGGAAACGGCUAUAAAGACUCUCGGUUAACGUCCUAUCACGUGAAUACUGUAUGUUGGAGCAUGUUGAAAAUUAUUUUGACUUUGGUCGCAAACUUGGUAUGUAUGAACUGUAAAUAAAGCUCUUUAAAAGCCAGAAGAUA